AAAAAACUAAGCAAUUUCCAGGAUUGUGUUAUUUUCGUGUAGUGUUUUGCAGAUAGCUUAAAACCACCUUGGAUAUUUUCCCCUCGUGCAUUUCGUGCUUUUUUCGGAUAGAAUAUUGUUGGAUUUCCUGCAGCGAUAAAUUGUGCAGGGGAUGACAGUGAAGCAUAAUGAAUAAGCUUUGAUAAAUCUGGACUACCUUAUUAAGUUUGAAAUUUAAAUGUAGUUUUAAGAAUUUGAAGUUUAAAUGAAUGCAUGUUGGUAUACUUCUUAUAUAAAGGAACCCUGAACUGUUACUUGUGGCAUUAAAUGCAGUUAAAGAGGCAUCUUUUGCAUUCCAACUGUUCACUGAAAAUAGUGUCAUCAUUUCGUGAAACUAAAUUUAGUUUGAGUGACAAUUCUGUUCAGUUUCUAAGGUAACUGCAAAUAGUUAGCGGAGAUAAGAUGAAAUUAGUCCAAUUAAACUUACAAUUUUCAACUUUCUAUUCACUGGCAUUGACAAGAAAAAAUGAUAAUACUAAGAAUUUAACAUUUGAGCAUGAAUUUACAUCUGAUUUUGUAGAUGAUAUUCAUAAUUGCAUAAAUCUAACUCUGAAUAUUCUGUCGAUUAAAGAAAUUGUUCAUUUUGAACUUCAGAUGUAACGUAUUAACCACCCAGGGAAAGGUUGCAUGUAAAUGCGGUUGAUUUGUGUGGAAAACAUAAUAUUGAAACAUUAAAUGAUGAUUAUGGAACGUAAAUAAGCACUUAAAAUUUCACGUUAAUGAAGAAAGCAUGUUCGUUACUCAUCUUGAAGUAUCUUUGGAGUGUUUAGAAUAUAUUUUUUCUCAUUGAAUAUUUUGCUUGGAAAAGUAUAGUUCUUGACAUGUAAGUGCUUGUGUUGAAUUGUCUUAUUAUGCAUACUUUUGAAAAUAAGAGUACUAUUUCAAGAUUUUUUGCUGUUUAAAUGAAGAUACAGUAUCUGGAGCACUGUUUAGAAAUAUUCAACUUGGAACAUGAAAAAGAUUGUUAAAAGGCAAAUUUUAAAUCAUAUUUUUCGGAGUAUAUGCACAAUAAUUUUAAAGUGAAUAAUUUAAUCGGGAAACAGUAAAGAUGUAUUCUGUGGAAGAAUUUGAUGAAACAGAACCGGAGUUAGAGAUGCUGGAAUGGGCUGGAAUGGAGAGGGAGUACGCCAGUGAUGAUGAUGAGACUGAAGAGCUUUUCUUCCAACGUGUGCAACAAGGUAGCCUUGAACCUCUCGAUACAAUUUUCGUGAAAAAUGUCAAAGAAGGUGGCCCCGCACACAAGGCGGGCUUGAACCCUGGAGAUAGGAUCAUAUCAGUGAAUGGGGAACCAGUGACUGGGAAGUCGUAUGGACAAGUAAUCAACUUGAUACAACAAACUUCCAAAGAUCUUAGUAUUCUGGUUGUUCCAAAAGAAGAAGAUAUUUUACAAUUGGCAUAUCAGACCUCAAGUCAGUCCUAUGACUCGGACUUUGGAGCCGGGCCCUCGGUGAGAGAGUCCAGGAAUCCGUAUAGUCGUCAGUCGUCAAUGGACAGUAAUACUUACAUAUCAAGCUCUUGUAGAGAUCGUGAUAGAAAAGUUCUAUCCACUAGCAACCUUGAUAGUCAUUACUUUGACGGAUCGGAAACAUUUCCUCAUUUUGAUCACGAACCUUUACAGCGACGACAGUUAAAAUCGUCUACUUCUUAUACCUCUGGUUUAAGUGUUUAUCGUGAUCAGCAACAGCCUGAAGAAAAUAUGAAUAAAAAUGUGUUUUUAGAUCGCCGACGGGAGUUUGAAAAUCGUGCAGCUCAGGAAAAUGUUAAUCCAAAUGCUUCGAAAACAUACUCUUUUGGUCUGUACUUUCCAAAAAAGGAAAGCAGAGUGAAUAGUGCUGAGAAUUUAACAAGAUCAGUAAUGAUCAGGCGGUCUAAAGAAAGUGUGCUACAAUCAACUGAUUCACAGGAAAAUAUUUCAAAACUACAGUCUUCCAGAACUCGUAAUGUGCCUAUUGAAUACAGACAUAGUGGCAGUCCAGACCAAAAAGCAGAAAGGUUCCGCUCACAGGAGAUGUUAACACGUGAUCAUGAGGGGCGGUCAUCAAGUCACUAUGGGUCUGGAAGCAGUAUACGCCACAGCUUUCCGGACUCAGGGGUUCAAAUUUGGACCUCUCCUUCUCGGAAGACUAGUGAAACAAGUAGUCCAUAUGGGUUUGAUCAUGGCACCCCCACACCGGAAAGCUCAGGAAAUAAAAGGGACAGCUAUAAUUCAUCAAGACAGUAUGUUCCUGUUAUCAAUGAGUCCCCCAUUUCUAAAAGUCAAAAAAUAACAGGUAGUGUUGAUAGUAUAGAUCCUAGGUCAAACAUUUAUCAUACAGAACAUCAUCUUAGAACCUCAUACAAUAAUAACUCUCAUUCUUCUGAGCAACAAAAUCAAAAUCAACCCUCUUCUAGUAGGACUUUUAUAGUGAAAAUAGGUGAUAACCAUGAAAGAAGUAGCACUCCAAAUGUUACUCAAAAUCAAGCUGGGAACCAUUCUUAUGGAGCUGCUUUUGCAUUGACACGGUCCCCAGCUUCUACUGAGAUUGAAAUUAGACAGAAACGGGAACCAAGAAUUCUAGUUUCUCACAGAAAGAAACAAUUUGAAGAAAGAAAAGAUGUAACACCCCCACCAGUCACUCCUAGUGCUUUGAACAGUAGUAGAUUCAAAAGUGAGAUUGAAAAAAUUACUACAUUUAGAAAAUUUGAUGGAAUACAAGCUAGACUGGCAACAUAUGAAAAAAACAAUAGUAAUGUAGAAAAUAUAGUGCGAUCAAGAUCUCAGACACCAGUGUCUGCUCAACCAAUCAGUAAAUCAAGACCUAUGUCACAGGAGCGUGUGAGGUCACCAGAGCCUCAUCAAAAUUCUAAUACUCAGUACACUCAGGGAAGCAGCCAAUCAAAUUUCCCCGAUUCUGCGCCAAUCAGAAUCUAUGUCUCUCAAGGAAAUUCAAACACCUCAGGGUCUCCAAUUGUGGAAAUUGUGCAUGAGAUACCGGAAUCUAGAAAUCAAGGUCAAUAUGUCGGUCAGACAGAUUCUCCGAGAGAAUUAAGGGAUCAGACAGACUCUGAGUCUGGUCAGAAACCAGUGAGGAAAGCUUCCUUCCUGUCUGCAGUGAAUGCACCAUACAGCAGAUACCUGCCUCAAACAGGGUAUGAUAACGAGACCCCAGAAUGUGAUGUCACGCCAAAAUCGUCGCGUACAUUUUCAGCGAAACAGAGUGUUUCUCGAGACUUGCGGGAAGGAAGUGCAACUCCGACUAAUUUCCAGUGGUCCGGUCGAACUCCCAGCCCAGCACGGGCAAUGUCGCCGACCAAUACCAGUGCCUUGAAUAGUGCUGUUAGUAUGUCCUCCUCCUCAAUAACAGUGUCUCCUGUAACAACAUCAACUGUGAGACUGCGCAACAAACCAGACAUUUCAGCAGAAGACUUUGAGACAAAGUUACAUCGAAGAACAUCGUAUCUAAUGGCAACAGCUCCAGACAGAUCAGCUGCUAGUCUGAAAAUGUCUCCAACAGUUUCUGUACCUCUUGAUCCAAACACUCCUGCAACACUGAGCAAACACAAGAGUAUGAGAAAACUGAAAGACUUCUUUGGGGAAAAGACCCCAAAGAUAGUGGAAGCAACAGAAAGACGUUUCCCUGACCCUGCCAGCCCUAUACAGCAGGUGACAAAGGAAGGAAGUUUGGGGGUGAAGGUUGACAUGAUUGAUGGAAAGAGGGCUAGUGACAGAUCAUGGCGCCCGGUCUGGGCUGUUUUGAGAGGCCAUGCCCUGUACCUGUGCAAGGAGAGAAGGGAUCCAGCCAAUUAUGUUGUGCAUGCACUAUCAGUCAAAGUGCGUGCAGGGUCUUCACAGCAGACGAACAUAUUCUCUUAUGAUGAGCAGCCAAUAUCAAUCAAGUCUUGUAUCGUGGACAUAGCUCACAGUUACACAAAGCGGAAGAACGUGUUUCGCAUGAAGACGUACAAUGGUUCGGAAUAUCUGCUGCAGGCAGAAGACCAUGAGGAGAUGAUCUCGUGGAUCGAGAAAAUCAAGUCAAACAAUAACCCAGACUCUGAUUCAAGUGGAGUGACAAGCUCAGAACUGAUUAUACGCAAGAGUCAAGAGCUUGUGGAGACAUCAGUAUCCACCAAGACGUCCCCACCGCAGACACAAAAAAUGGGAAAGAAACUGUCAGUAUUAUCUAUAAAACAGAAGAUACCACACUCACCUAGUCUGAAACGCAGAAAAACUACCUCAGGAGAGAAAGUUGAUGAGUCAGGAAAACCAAAGACAUGGAAGGGGAAGUUAGGAAAGAGUUUUAAGAAACAGUUUGCACCUAGUCCAUCCAACGUGGACAGAAUUACACCUGUCCCAGAGUCUGCAGGCAUGUUUGGCUCUCCGCUUGAAGACUGCACACCAUCACCUAACAACGAGUUCGUCCCCCUUGUUGUUGACCUGUGUAUUCAGAUUGUUGAAGCGAGGGGGCUGGAGAUGAUUGGUGUUUUCCGUAUCCCUGGUAACAAGGCUGCUGUCACUCUUCUACAAGAAGAAUUCAACAAAGGUAUAGAAGCAAUGAACUUGGACCAUGAGAAAUGGUCGGAUGUGAACGUGAUCAGCAGUCUACUGAAAUCUUUCUUCAGACAACUGCCAGAGCCUCUCAUACCUGAUGAUUUGUACCAACCGUUUAUUGAUGCUAACAGAAUUGAGGAUCCAGAGAGACGUAUGUUGAAAUUGAAGCGUCUCAUACACGAACUGCCAGAACACCACUUUGAAACAUUCAAACACCUGGCUAAACAUCUCAAUAAAGUUGCCCAGUACGGAGAUAUCAACAGAAUGGAAGCCAAAAAUCUUGCCAUUGUAUUUGGACCAACAUUGAUACGUAAAGCAGACGACAAUAUGGUUGCCAUGGUAACAGACAUGUCUGACCAUUGUAAGAUCAUAGAGAGCAUUAUACUUCAUUAUGAAUGGUUCUUUGGUUCUUGGGAGAAUGACAGUUACGUUCCAACCGAUGAUGAUGCUACAGAGUGUGUGUCCUUGAUGUCCGCUGUCACAUCCAGUACUAAAGAUGAUACAGAAGUAAAUCCACAAGAGAUUGUUAGCAGUAUAGUGGAGGCAGCUAAUAGAAAGUUACGUGGAGAGCAUCCGCCAACUGUAGAAAAACGGAGUGUUUCUGUGUCGGAAGUAUCACCAAAGUUCAAUGAAAGAAACAUUGAUCAAGAGAUACUUCUGAGAACCAGAAAAAUUGACAACACAUCAAGGAGUAGUCCAAAUCUAGCAGCAAUGCAACGAUCUGCCGAGGUCUUGAAAACAUCUUCAUCUGAUAUAUCAACAGACAGACGUAUGGCAAAAUCACAAGAGUUUGGUGACAGGGAGUUUAAAGAUUUCGAUUACAUUGAUUCAGACAAAGAAAGUUCUUGUGCUUAUUUGACUCCAACAACGAGAUAUUUUUCCGAUGAAUCGUUAUUAGAUAGAAAUGAUGAGUUAGAAUUGUCUCAUAGUACAUUGAGUGGCAGUUAUAGUAGGCUAAGUAAAGAAACUAUUGAUAGCCUGAAACGUAUCGAAAUGGAGGCGCGGGCAUUGAGGGAACGCGAAGAACGUAGACAACGAGAUUUGGAGAAAAGAAAAUUAGAAAAACAGAGGAUUGAGCAGGAUAUCUUACAAACUCGGCAAGAGUUAGAAAUUGAGGAAAGGCAUAGUAUCGAAGAUUUGUUAAAUGCACCAGAUUAUACAAAAUUUGGUGUCAGUAAAGAUUAUUCACAUAAACGUAAAAUUGAUUCUAGUGAAUACAGAAAUUCUCGUGAUAAAAAUAAAUCAAAUAGUGGUAGAUAUUUAAGAGAGUCACCAAGCGGUGGUAAAUACUUUGUAAUAAAAGGGAACUCUCCCAGCUCAAGGCCUUCGCGUCCUCCUAAACAAACUAGUGUUGAAUCUUUGGUUGCACAGUCAAAACGGACAGGCUCCUUAGAAAACAUGGUUAAUGGACAAAAGAAGGGUCAGGGCAGACCAUUGGCACAGGUCAGGGCCAGAAAAGGGGAAGAUCGAGCUAAGAGAGAUUCUGCAGAAAUCAAACAUAGAAGCAAUGGCUUCAGUAGAAGUAGUUCUGUUAGAAGAGGAUCUUUAGACUCUUUAAUUGAUCUUAUUGAGAAAAGAGACAGUAGAAUGUCAUGGGCUUCGACAGAUUCUGAUGAAGGGCUUGAUUUACUAACUACCCUUACCUCAACAUUUGAUCAGAAAUUACAAACAUUAUCUAGUCCAAAACUAUCCCAGUCACCUACAGUACCCCCUCCCCCUCCAAGGAGAAUGCCAAAUUAUUCUAGCAACUCUAGUUUAAGUACUACCAACACCGGAGAUUCUGGGGAUUCCCCGUCACAAAUAGCACAGCAUAGACUCCCACCACAAGUGCCGUUAUCGUCUGUCAUAAAUCGGCAAAAUAUUGCUGCUGAUUUCCCAUCUAAACAGUAUAGAGAUCCCAGUUUACAUAGAACUCCACCAAAACCUGAUACAAAAAUUGGUCUGGCGACACGAUUCGAAAGAUCUACUACUCAUAAUCCGUUAUAUGAAGGGAAUAGUGAACCAAAUUUAAAUGCUCUUUCAAGGAGUGGAAGUAACUAUGGAGAGAGCUUACAAAGUGAUGUAACAUAUUCAGUUGAUAGUGCUAUAUUUAGUGGAAGUAAUAGAGUUUUAGAUAGACAAGAUGGUGAUUCUCGUGUUUCGUCGGUAAUGGUUGUAAUUUCAAGCCCGUCUGUGAUGUCUGCGGACAGUCGACACAGUGCUGGAUAUUCUAGCCCGCAGUAUGUCUCUAAACCUGUCAUGUCAUCGCAGUCGAACAUUAUUCCAAAAUGGGAAUCGUAUAUACCUAAUACUUCAAAUAGUACUGAAUAUAGACCAAUAUCAAAGGCUGAAAAAACAGAGGUUAAUGUCAAACUGUCUCAGACUGUUGUAGAUAAAAACAAAAUUUCAAAUAGUGCAGACAUUCCCCAAAGUUCAAAGUCUAGGUCAGCUUCCCCGCCACCUUCAAAUCGUAAAAGAAGUGAGAAAAAGAAGCGUAGGCGUCAUACAGUAGGUGGGACAAAUGAUGGUGAACACAUUAAAGCUAUAUCUGAUGCUCUUCCAAAAGAAGAGCAGAGAAGGUCUGCAUGGGAGCAGCUGAGGCCGAAUGUUGGCCAGCAUAGCAAUAUCGGACCAAACAGUAGUAUGCUGACAUGGCUUCGAAAUGAACGUCUCCGCGGCAGCUCCCCAGAUCUCUCUAUGUCAAGGAGGGAGAAAGGCAAUGGCAACAGAAAUUAAACAUUAUAUUUAUAUUAUUUUUACUUGUUUCGUGAAUAUUUUAGCUUAUAGUUUUUUAAGAAAAUGUAUUUUUGUUGUAUUAAGGUGAUUUAUCAUACCAGAGGUUGCAGUAAUUUUGUUUUUAGCAGAUAUAACCAUGUCUUACCCACUGUCAGUUUACUUUGAGAUCUAUGUUUCAAGUUUUCAUAUAAUUUCACCCACUGAAACCAUUAAUAUUUGUGGGGACUUUUUAGUGGAUUUCAUGGUUCAUGGAACCUGAAUUAACAAGUAGUAACAAGAGUUAUAUCCCCUUAAAAUAGCCAUUCUGGCUGAACCCACAUAAGUUCCUGCCAAGGAAAUGGUUCCAGAGUAUUUUAAAGUAGUAUUUUAUUGAAUACAUUGACAAUCAAAAUAACUUAACCACCUCCAUUCACAUGGUUGUAAACCAUUUUUGUAAUUUUUUAGUUGAUAGUUAAUGAUUUAGUAUACUAUGAUAUGACAUGGAAUAUAUGCCUUUCACACUUGCAAUUUAUUUUACCAAACACAGAGAUUAACUUUUUUUACGUAUGUUUUAUAUGCCAAGCCUUUUAAAGUUAACAUGAUUUUUUAUGAUUAAUUAGAUAAUUUGUUAUAAUAUUAAUUUUUUCUAAUGUAUCAACCAAUAGGGCAUUCUGUGUGUCAGUUUAUUAUUACAACAGCGAACUUUCAGUCUAGUCUUUAGAUUUUAUGACACAAAUUGUACAUCCUCCUUUAGAACACUCUGCUUUGACUGAAAUAUUAAAAGUCUGCUAGGUUGGAAUUAUUUUCCAGACAGUCAUUAGAUGAUCCUAGAAUGUUGGAUUGAAGAUUUCACAGCACUAGUUUAACAUUUUCAUCCUUUUUUUUACCUAAGAAAAAAAGAACAUUAAUGAUACAGAUGAAUACUCCCAUAAACAAAUUAUGUAGGUUUUUUUUAAUAUGUUCAUCAUCUAAAGUUAAAAGUAUCCUAUGAUGAUUCCAUUGCAAAUUUCAUUUUGUUAAAUUUCCAUGAGUUAGGAAAAUUCCAUUAUACAAUUGUAGAUGAACCAUAUCUCCCCUACAGCAUUUAUUAGAAGUUUGGAAGAUUCCAUUACAGGUAUCUGGGGUUGUGAAGAUGGCAGAGAAACCUGUUGAUUGCUGGAAUACAAUUUGUCAGGGAUUUUGCAGUUCUCAUAACUGCAAACUUCUCUCCCAUUUCCACUUGUGUUUUAACAUUGGAUUUUUAACCAUUUUUCCCUAGGCUUAAUAGUUUUAUGGACAGUUUAUUUUUAUUGAUAUUUUUUAUCAGUUUGUUGAUUUCAAAACAACCUCUCACUUCUACCUAAAUGCAUUAGACGAAUCAUUUAAAGUUUUAAGGCUAUUUCAUAUGGAAAUAUGUGUUAGAACUUUUUAUAGACUUGUUAACCAUAUGUGUAGAAGUGUUUUAUGAAUAUUUUAGUUAAUUCUAGCCUUACUGCACACUUAUUUCGUACAGCUUUAAAUCAAGUAAUUGUAUUACUUGAUUUUAAGCGAUUUAUUUUCGAACCAUAGUAAGGCUAGGCAACAGUAACGUCAUAUCUUCAUUAUAUUGUACAAUAUUCUAGUUAUUAGUGUAAGGAAGUUUACACUUUUCAAUAUUUAUAGCAACAUAUGUUUGAACAUGUCAUAGACAGAGAGCAUGACACAUAUACAGAAAAUGUACCCUGUUGGUAAGAACACAUGUUGGAUAUAACAUUGGGAAUUCCAUGUGUGAUAUUAAAGAUAAAUGUUUCAUAUAAGUUAUAAUUUAUACUCCAUUAAGUUCAUCACCAUUGUAAGUAAAUGUUCAGUAGUUUUUAACAACAGUUUAUAUUUAUGAAUAACAGUUUUUAAAAGAUAUUUCAUGUAAAUUCAUCAUAACAAAUAAACUAAAACUGAUUGAAAAAAAAAAUCCAUCCCAACAGCAUCUAAAUUACCAGCUUAGAGACAGCUUGAUCUGAGAUUUGGUUAUGUUGCAAGGAAACAUAAAUGAAACCAGCCUAUCAGGGAGCUUUUAUCAGAUGCCAAUUUUCUUGCUGCAGUAUUUAUUGUGAAUGAUGUAUUUUUCUUGAAAAAAAGGAUUAUCAUGUAUAAUGUUGAGUUUUGUACAUGAACCUUGUAUGUGGUAAAGCAUUCGUCAGGAUUAAUUUGCCGAUUUUAUACUGUAUAUUUAUCAUGUCUAAAUGCCAAAAUGUAAAUAAUGUUAAUAGUAUUAAAGACAUGACACUUUGAUUGUAUUGUUAUAUUUAUCUACAUGUCUGCAUGUCAAUUUGCAGUGGUAUGCAACAGAGUAUAUUUAGCAUAAAGAAACCCUACCUGGCAGAUUUAAUAAGUUGACACCAAAUAGCUUUUUCCAUAUGCACAUACAUAUAAUACCUUGUUUUAUUCCAUUUGUCCAGAAAAUCUGCUUACCUGUAAAAAAAAUUUUAAGAUUACUUGAGAUCUGGUUUUACCUAAAAAUGGUUGAAAGAAAUAUAUUGCAAAGAACAUUUUACUUCUGAUACAUAUCGGAAUUUUUUUUUCAAAUUUGGCGUUUUUUAUUUUAUUUUUAUUAUUAUUAUUUUUUUUUUUGAAUUUUUACAUGCAUUAAUGUUAACUACUUGGUCAUCUAAAGUAAGUAAUAUUUAAAUAACUUUUUGAAAAGAUUCUGGUUGUAUUGCACAUAUUCGUUACAACCCGCAAUGUCCUAUUUGUAUUUCAAGUGCAGGGACAACAUUACUGGUAACUGCCUGCAGCAAAAUUGGUCCCUGCAAUUGAAUGAAAUUGUACGUUAGAUAUUUCCUCAUUUGGUCGAGGGUUUAGGAUCCACUGUAACACCCAUUUCUAGUGGCGGAAUUUAAGUUGGGAACUGGAUGAUAAACUCAAAUUUUUCGUAUCAAUUUGUCUCCAUUUAAAAUGCAAAUCUACAGUUUUUGGCAAGUUGUGGAUUAGAUUUCCAUUUUGCAUUAAGUUAAGAAAUGGGUGUUAUUGUAGAUCCAAAUAGUCCUGCAAGAAGGCAUUUUUUACAGAUUGUUGUUAGUAAAAGUACUGAUUGUGCUAAUUCAUGUGGAAUAAAAGACUUACACUGUUACAAGUA